AUGGAAGGGGAAAAUUCAAAGGAAGAGACGGGCAAACAAGAGUCGGCAAAAGAAAUUCGAUACCGAGGAGUGAGGCGGCGUCCGUGGGGAAAGUAUGCUGCCGAGAUUCGUGAUCCAGCUCGUCGAGGUACGCGGGUGUGGCUAGGUACAUUUCUCACGGCCGAGGAAGCCGCGAGAGCUUAUGACCGCGCCGCGUUUGAAAUGAGAGGUGCUUUAGCCAUUCUUAAUUUUCCACAUGAGUAUCCUUCAAUGAACUCUUCGACGUCAAUACUAGCACCCAAUUUAUCUUCAUCUUCUUGCACUGAAUCAAGUUAUCGAUCCGAACAUGGAAAAGAAAUUAUUGAGUUUGAGUGUUUGGAUGAUAAAUUGUUGGAGGAUCUUCUUGAUUGUGAUGAGUGUGAAAUUACUACUCACAAAAACUUGCAUAAGUAG